UACAGAUACGAGCAGGUUUAAGGUAUAUGCUGAUUAUUGGACAUUAAUUUGUAAUAAAGUUAUGUAAACCGAACCUGUGCUGAACUAUAUACGGAGUUAUCACUGUGAUAAGCGACUCUGCUAAGGAAGGGAACUGUUAUACCACGAAGAUAGAAGCCGGUCAGCCAUUAAUGGAUAACAUCGAAGAGAAACGAAAGACUUCGGCGGCGUCGAUCGCCGUCUGCCCCGGCAAAUUAUCAUUUUGGAUCGUAAUUAUGUGUCAUCUGCUCGCAAUUGGCUUUCUUCCGAGCACUGUGGCCGUAAAAGCAAGAAGCCACGACGAAAUUGCGUGCCAGGAUUAUGAGAUGACGUUGCGGUGCCCUGGAAGUGACGUCAUCAACGUGCAAAUGGCUAGCUACGGUCGCCGGGACGACCGAACUUGUGCGUCAUCACCCGAGAACAUGAUGGACACCCACUGCGACCUGCCCGGGGUGCUGGCCAUCGUGGCAAACAGGUGCAACGGGAAGACAGAGUGCACACUCACGGUCGGUGAAGGGAUUUUCGAGGACCCGUGUCCUGGAACUAGGAAAUACCUGAGUGCUACAUGGGAGUGCGUACCUCUGAUCAUUUCUUGCCCUGGGGCGUUGGAAAGUGUGACGUCACGAAAGCAAUACGUCACAACGCAAAUGGAAAAUGCAGCGUGGGUGAGAGACCCAUUCCAGGAAACCGAAAAGAUUUACGUAAUGGGCUGGGCCAAGUACGAUACCCCGCAGCUGUACGAGUUUAGCACCACCGACAAAAUGAGCAACGGGCAAGCGACCACGUUCCAUCAUCUGCCAUACAGAAAGGAUGGAACUGGAUUCGUGGUUUAUGAUGGAAGCAUCUUUUAUAAUAAGGAGCGUUCUCGAACUGUGGUAAGAUAUGACUUUGGUACUGCGAGCACGGCGGCACAGGCGGAGCUCCCGGGUGCGAACUAUCAUGGGACGUCGCCCUAUGCCAUUGAGAUGUCAACUGACAUUGAUAUGGCCGUGGAUGAAAGCGGUCUAUGGGCCAUCUACGCCACAGAGGACAACGAUGGCAACAUUGUGUUGAGCAGGCUUGAGCCUUACUCGUUAAAGAUUCUGAACUCUUGGAGGACCGGCUACGACAAACUAUCGGCCCUCAAUGCUUUUAUCGUAUGCGGGGUCUUGUACGCCGUCAACUACGAAACCCUCAUGAUCGAUUAUAUGUACAAUACCACGUCAAAUUUAGACAAACAGAUCAAUAUCCCGAUUCCGGGGAUAACUCGCACAACGUCGUCAAUAGAAUACAACUCUAAAGAACACAAACUGUAUAUGUGGGACCAGGGUGUGGCUGUUGAAUACAGCAUCGACUUUGUCCCCAUAACCGCAGCUCCACCAACAACAACAACUACAAUCGUACUUCCGACGAUUUCGUCAACUGUAUCGCCAACAACGACAACAACCCCACAAAGUCCAGUAUCAAGAAUUACCACCACUACCACGACGCCCACUGUAGCUAAGUUAUGCAAAGGGGAAAAAGCAAGUGGUCUGAUGUGGCCUGAUACAGCUUACUCUCAAAUCGCCAUACUCCCCUGCCCAGGAGUGUCGGCCGUGCAAGCGAUUUGGAUUUGUGGGGGGAAUAAGAGUCAUCCGAAAUGGACGACUAACGAACCAGACCUUAGUCAGUGCACUUCACAAUGGAUCAAGGACUUGAUGAUAGAGCUCGGAGUCAAGAGCGCGAGCGAACUGAGCGUCAAAUUCGUGUCGCUUCUUCGGCAAAAACAACAAGAGUUGGCGAGUUGGGACAUUUCCAUGUCGAUAAAACUGCUGAGAGAUUUCUUAGACCACGCGGAACACGAACCCUUAAGUUCCGCAGCUACAAUCACAGACUCGACUUUAAAAGCUGCUAGUUUGCUGUUGGACCCGGUACUUACACCGACGUGGAAAGGGUUGGGGGAAGUUGUACAGACACAACUGGCAGUGCAGCUGGCUACGAUUUUGGAAGAUGCGUCUUACCUUCUUGCUAAGGAUAUGGCAACGGAAAUUCCUCCUCCUCCUCCUACGUCAUCAAUGGCUACGUCACGAACUGGGCAGGUUAAUAAUGUCAACUGGUCGCAGCCGUUCGUCACGCUUGGGAUAAAAGUGGCACCAAUUGAUUUGCCCUCAUCGGCGAAAUCUAGAAAAUUCCAGUCUAAAGCAAGGACCCGGGCGACAGGCGGCAGUGAUCCUAAAGAACACUUUACUCAUUGGAGAACGGGGCACAGUGAUACAGUUAAAGUGAACAAUUUAGCCCUUGUUGAGGCUUCGAACCCGGGGUCCUCUGACAAGUUAGCUGUGGUCUUUAUUUCGUGCAAAACACUUGGGAUUUAUAUGGAAGAUAAGAACAGCAUUGGGUCGCCGAGAAAACCGGUGGAUUCGCAAGUUAUCAGCAUCUCGAUGCGUUCAAUCAACAUCAGUUCAAAUAACUCCCCGGUUUUAUCAUCUUCCUCCGGUCACGAGGUGGAGCUAAAGAAACCGAUACAGAUGACACUACAGCAUCGCAAUGUUGGCUUUCGACAUCAUGUGUGCGCAUACUGGGAUAACAGUGGUAAAUGGUGGCGAGCAGGCUGCAGACGAACGUCAGGCAACAGCACUCAUAGUACAUGUGAAUGUGACCAUAUGACCAACUUUGUAGUUUUAUCGUCAAAUGAACCUUUCCCUGCAAUGGGCGCUGAUGUGUCCAACCCUCCAAUAGUUCAACCCUCAACCCAACCUUUCAUUUACUUGAACGUUGUUCGUGCUGGUCUUGUAACUGCUGCCAUCAUGCUUGUCUUUGUGGAAGUCACUCUGAUAGUUUACAGCAAAAGCCUCGAUGUUAACACCAUACACAAGAACCUGGUGGCGUCGUUACUUUUAUCUCAAGUCGUGUUUCUAUGCGGAAUCAAUAAAGUGAACACGCCAACGCUCUGCAGCGUCGUAGCUGGCAUUCUACACUUUGGAAUUCUCAGCGUUUUCACCUGGUCAACACUGGAAGCGUAUCACUUACUAGCUGCCCUCAAUGACGUAUUGACACGUAAUAACAGGUGGAAAUGGUACUACAUCACCGGGUAUGGUUUACCGGCGGCCGUUGUCAUGGUCAGUGCGGCAGUGAACCACGACGGAUACGGAAGCAAUGACGCGUGCUGGCUGAACUCAAACAGCGACUUCAUAUGGAGUUUUAUUGGCCCGUGUUCGAUUCUCAUCAGUUUUUCGGUCGUCUUCCUCUUCCUAGUUUUAUACAAACUCCAUUCAUACAACACCAACUUCCCUGAAAUUGUAGAAGCAAAGGUCACCAGGACUGGUGCUGCAAAGGCAUGCGUGUUAACUUGCUUGCUUUGUUUGAUGUGGAGCUUUGGCGUGAUGUGGGUCAGUAAAGUCGAGCCUCAACUUUCUGCUUGCCUCUUCUGCGUGUUCUGCGCCUUCCACGCACUCGGUUGCUGUCUGUUGUACUGCCUUAUCCCAGUUGACGUACGACAGGUGUACGGGAAAUGCUUCCCUGGCUUAAAAACUUCGCCUCACCGACCAAACGGUCGACACAGAACAACACGUGGUAUAAUAGACGGUACAAGUGGUGUAAGAUUGGUCUCCACGGACCCCACUAUGCGCCAUGAUGGCACAAGUUACUCGGCCUAUCAUUUCACUGCAGGCUCUUCUGCAUCCGGCGCUUUACUCCCUGUCCACAACUCCCAAACAUUAGGAUUGUCUAAAACUGCCGCCAUGAAGGAGGAGGGGAGGACGGCCGCCUCCACCUCCAUGUCCCUGCCUCACGAUCUUGUUGCCUCUAGCAACGUCAGCAGGGAGCAACGAUGCAUGACGCAUGGACCAAUCAGAUCGAACAACGUCUUCGACGACACAGAGCCGAAAUUGCCUACAUCGGUCGCUUGCCGCAGCGCUGGACCGCCAUGCAACCAGUACUUGCACUCUAACAGCCGAACUUGCUUCGAUGGCCAGCACCCCAACACUCAUUACGAAAAACCGCAGUAUUGUGAAUGUUCUCUCGCCCAUUCACAAUGUUCUGGUCGAUACGAUCACUUGCACGAAUGCGAACAACUGAGAAGUCCACUGCGACAGCAUCCCCAUCACCCGUCAUGUGAAACACACAGAUCUUACACCAAUACCAACCCCCACCUAUACGAAACACUUGGCCCAUUCACCGACUCCCUACGCAUGGCAUCAGCAGAUGGAAGCUCAACCCCAAACGGCCACCUCUGCGAGCAAUGUCCUUCUGCUGUACCGUAUCGUCAUCGAUAUGAGGACGUCGAACCACGAGUAGUUCAUGUAUCCACACCCCAGCAAUCACUAGCAGGAAGCUCAUCCGACGUUCAACAUACAAAACCUCAGCCCAGACUCCGAUGUCUUAAUGAUGUGGAGUCUGGGGAGGAUACGCUUGGGAAGAGUCGAGAGAAUUCCUCCAUCGGGAGAAAGUACAUCAAGAUGGGAACGUCUGGGUUAAGGGACCCAAACAAUUGUGGGUGUUAUUACAACACGGCGAGAACUGGUCGCAGUUCGGAUCCACUUUCCACAGACCAGGGUUAUGAUACAGACUCACAACAGCCAAACCAUCUUUGCGCCAACCCUAAUGAUUCAGGAGAACUCCCUCCUACUCCACCAUCUAACUUAUUGGUUCGUUCAGUUCCCCUAAUAAGCGAGGAGCAAACCCGACUGAGAAAUAUUCACUCGAACCCCUCGGUUGCCAACAGUGUGCGAAAAUCAGUCGGCAGUGUGCAUGAGGACCCAGCAUCCGACGCGUCGGAUAGCUCUUCCGAGAACGAUCGCGAAGUGGAACUUUUAACAUCUGCACAAAGCAGUCGCAGUGUCGUAGACCACGAAAGUGAAAUAACGCAACUAUAUGACGAGCUUGCCGCCUCCACAAGUCAACCACAGUCGUAUGGACAAUACCCAAGCCACGAAACCGAACCUUGCUUACCAAGCGACGCCGUUGACCGACUUAGUCCAACCGGCACUGUGUCCAGUUGGGCGGCGGUUCCGGGUUCGAACCCCCGCUCGGUAAACCCGAGCUACGGGAAACGAAACUCGCGUAAAACGACCACGGACCCAAAAGUCAUCCUUGCUAACGCUAGACGACGACAAGAGAGCGAGGAAAGCCGACAUUCUGAUCAUCUUGAGCACCGUAACACUUCAUAUACAUUACCGGGCACGGCAGCGGCCGGUACCAAGGCCCGGAUUGAUUUACGAACGGGUGGUAUCAGUAUGGUUACCAACUUAUAACUUCCCUGCACUUUAUUUAUCGCAUUAAAUCGCCACUGGUUGGCGUGACGUUCUUCCCUUUCUUGUCAUAUGAGCGAAAUCAUGAAUCACGAAACAAUUCACGAAUCGUGAACCGAUUUUAUUGUUCCUUUCAGUAACCUGGAAAAGUUCAAUUCCGUGAUAAAUCUAAUUGAAUGGCUCGCUCGAUUAUUUAACCAACAACAAGUUAUCUGUUUUCGCAAUCCCCGUAUUUGUUAACUUGCCUCUGCUGUUCAACAACAUAGCUAAAUAAAAGCUUAAGCUUUA